GGUGAGCCGUGAGGAGCGGAUGGAUGUCAGCCUGAGCUCCAGCAGCACCUCCGUCCCUCCUCCGGGUGACUUUAAUCGUUAUUACGGGGAUGGAGGAGGGCCUAGCUUUGAUCAACAUGGCGGACAACAAAGCCCACGAACUGGGGUAGAGCUCUCGGUAAGCGGCACCAUGGACCAAGUCCACAGCUCCCAUGAAGGCUUCGCCGGCGGCGGCGGCAGCUCCUACAGCCACUACCCCAACUACCGGACCGGUGCUGCCGGCUACGGGACCAGCGGAUACGGCGGCAUGAUGAGUCCGUCCCGCCAGGGGAACUCCAGUCUCCUGGGUCCGAACAGCGGCAGCAGCAAAGCCGCCAGAGCCGUCGCCAGCUCUCCGGCCGGAGCUGCAGGCGGCGGCGGAGAGUUCCGAAGGUUCCCGCAGCCGUCGGGGGCCACGCCGACUCUCAGUCAGCUCUUAACGUCUCCCAACCCGAUGAUGGGCGUUUAUGGAGGCGGAUAUUCUGAUUACAGCAGCGGGCAGCAGGCGAGCGUGGGGCCAGCUAAAGACACCCAGUACGGCUGGAGAACACACACGGGGAACAGCACGCAGACCGGCGGCAGGACGCAGGUGGCGCCUGCAGAUGCAAUGGCAAUGAAACGCUCACAACUUUACAGUACAAUGAACAACCCCUAUUCUCAGCAGCAGGGGGCGCAGUACCCUGGUCAGUCAUACAGCUCACUGUCGUCUCACCAAUAUCCAGCUGAAAUGAGUGGCAGAGGGCACAUGGGGAUGGCAGGGAUGCAGUGUUCACAACAGACGGGCUCCCAGUACUCUCAGCACCAGAACAUGUCCGGAUACGUCUCACCCACUCAGCCGUCAUACUUCAGCCCGCCCCUGCAGCAGACCGCCACCCCCAGCCAGUCGACAUACCUGCAGCCCCGCCUACUGCCCCAACAGGAGGCAUUUGGUAGGCGAGGUCAUUCUGCUGCUAUGACUCCUGGGAAGCCGAGCCGUGAGGAUGUGAGCCAGGAGGACAGACCGUCCAGCCUCCCGGAUCUGUCCGGCUCCAUUGAUGACUUGCCCACAGGCACUGAGGCAGCGGUAACCUCGGGGGCACCAGGCUCUGGGGCCACUCAGGCUGACCAGGGGAACUCUGCCUGUUCACCCUUCUCCCCAAAUGUCUCACCACGCCUCCCCCCGCCCACCCGCACAGCGCCCUCCCCCUCCCCUUCACCUUCCCCCACGGGGUCCAGCAGCCAGUCACGCUCUGGCCCGCUGUCGCCCACCAGCAGCGCAGCAGGUUUCCCUCCUGCUCUGCAGCGCAGCACCCCGGGGCCCCAGGUCGGCCCGCAGCACUUAACACCGCCCGUGUCUGCUCAUCCAUCACCAGGGGGGCCCAUGCACCAAGGCACCUACCAGCAGGGCGGUCCCUCCUACAGCCAAUACGGGCCCUCAGGGAACUUCCCUCGGCCCCCUCACUACGGUGGGGCCCCGAGCACCAACUAUAGCGGCCCUGGCCCCAGCCUGGUUAACAGCCAGGGGCUGAACGCCAGCAGCCCGAUGCACGGUCAGGGCCCCUCCACCCCGUCAGCCUGCAGCCAGGGGCCUGGCACUGGAGGACGGCCUUACCCCGCUGGAGGGAGCACCAUGGCUCCCACCUCCCCUGGUAUGCCACAGCCUGCUGGACAGGGCAUGGGGCCUCCGGGGCUCAUUGUCAGCCGCAAACCCUCUGACAUUGGUCUCAACAGCGGAUUAAUUCCAAACUCUUCCUCUUCCCCCUCGUCGUCCUCGACAGCCGCCCAAAGCAGGCCUCCCUUCGCUCGCUCCCCUUUCUGUCACACCCAGUCCUGGCCCUGGGCCCAGUCCACCCUGUCUCCUACCCUCCACCUGUCCCACCCUCCUCAUCCUCACUCGCAGCACAGCGUCAGUGCUCAGUUACAGACAGCUGCUGAGCAUCAUGGACAGGGCAGUUACCCCAGUAUGGUACCAAUGGGCCCUGGAGGCCUCUACAACCACCAACUCAGCAGCGGCUCUGGGGGCAUGAUGUCACAGGGCCUCUCCUACAGUGCCACGCCCUCAGGCCGCAUGAUGAUGACAGCAGAGGGUGCUCAGACAGAUGCCAGACACAGGGCGGAGCUCAGCAAAGAGGGUGCCAACCUCGCCAAUGAUCCGCUCAAAUCCAAGGACAGAUACAGCUCCCUGUCACCGAUGUCCCCCAGCUCAGUCAGUGUGUCCUCCUGCAUCGGAGGGGAUGCUGAUGGUGUCGGCAGCUCCGCCUGGUCCAAGGCCACCAGUAACCCUAAGUCCAACAUUGCCUCCAUGACCAACGAGAAGAUCACACGGUUAUACGAAAUGGGCUGCGAGCCGGCGCGGCGAAUGUGGGUGGACCGGUACCUGGUUUUCAUGGAAGAGCGUGGGACGCCUGUGGCCCACCUGCCGGCAGUGGGAAAGAAGCCGCUGGACCUGUGCAGACUCUACCUGGCUGUCCGAGAGAUCGGAGGCUUGGCUAUGGUGAACAAGAACAAAAAGUGGCGUGAGCUCUCCACUCUGCUGAAUGUGGGCACAUCGAGCAGCUCGGCGAGCUCUUUGAAGAAGCAGUACAUCCAGUACCUGUUUGCCUAUGAGUGUAAGGUGGAGCGAGGAGAGGAGCCUCCACCUGAGGCCCUGGGAACCACAGGAGACCUGAAGAAACCGCCCUCACUUCAGGCAAAGGUUCAGCCACCCUCUCCUGCAAACUCAGGGUCUCUGCAGGGUCCCAACACACCUCACUCCAGCAGCAGCUCUCUGACCGACGCCCCCGGAGACCUGAAGCCACCGACCCCCUCCCCCACUCCACAUGAACACAUGACCCUGCACCCAGGGCACAGGAGUCUUGGAGGAGUAAGCAUCCAGGAUCCAUUCUGUGAAGGCAACGAUCCAGCCUACCAUGGUAAGCAAGGCCCAGGGCCUGCUAGCGCCCCCUGUCAACAUGGAGGAGCUCCAACAGAUCCCACCCUGGGGAUGCAGUAUGAUGCUAACAAAGAGGCGUACAGAGGACUGAGGAAGGGUCCAGGACUCAAGGAGCCCUUUGGUCCCAGCCAUGUGGCCAGUGGUACCAUGCAGGACAUGUGCCCACGUGGGCCACCGCCUCGCCCUGUGCCAGGACUGGGAUCUCGGCCUCAGUACCCCUACAGCCCCAGUUACGAGCGGAGGACAGACCAUGUGAUGGUCCCAGAGGGAGGCAUGGCGCCCCCUGGAGGUCCAUCUGGAAGGGAGCCUGGCUUGUACCCUGCUAACAGAUACGUUCAGCAGAGACACGAAGGCUACGGGCAGCAGUUCCCCCACAGCAUGGCCUACAGUUCCCAUCAGCCCCUGUACACGCAGCAGCAGGGCUACAAGCGUCCUCUGGACAGUGUGUAUCCAGCAGCCAAACGUCACGAGGGCGAGGCCUUCGCCAUCCAGCAGUACGCCACUCAGCAGCCUGAUGUCUUCAGUCCCUACGGAGGGGGCGGGAGCUUCAUGGGACCAGAACGGCGUCCCAUUCAGGGCCAGUAUCCAUGUCCAUAUAACCGUGACCACCUGCCACCCGGAAACCAGGGGCUCUCACAGAACAGUGUCAUGGGUGCAGGGCCUCCCGUUGGGCCAGCGGGCCCCAGGGAGGGACUACAGGGUAGCACAUGGCACCCCCGAGCAGAAAUGAGCUACUCAAGCCGACAGGGAGAGCACUACACCAGUGUGGGCAGGGGGGACGACCUAGAGAGCAGGGCCCCCCAGGAUGGCCAGUGGCUCCCGAGUCACCCUGGCCAGUGCCAACCCCAGUACCCCCUACACUCCUCAUCCUCAUCCACCUCCGUGUCUGUCCUCCCAUCCUUUCAGGCCACACCCACAAUUCCAAACCACCUCUCUCGUGCUCAUAGCCCCUCCUCUUUUCCACGGCCCCUUGGCGGCUCCUUGUCCCUGAACAGUUCCCCCUAUGUGCCAACCUUAAAGAAGGCGGGGCUCCCCGGUGCCGUCCCCGGGCCCCUGCCAACACAAAACCUCCCCGUCCUGCACAGAGAGGUCUGCUUCCCGCCGGGGUCUGUGGAGUCCACAUCAGCCAAACUGACACCACGACCACGGGUGACCGCCAAGGACGCAGGGAGCCCGGAGGCAUGGCGCGUGAUGAUGUCACUGAAGUCAGGCCUGUUAGCGGAAAGCACCUGGGCUCUGGACACCAUCAACAUUCUGCUGUAUGACGACGCCACCGUAGGCUCCUUCAACCUCUCACAGCUUCCUGGUUUCCUAGAGCUGAUUGUCGAGUAUUACCGCCGCUGCCUCAUCCAGAUCUUCGGGAUUCUGGAGGAGUGUGAGGUGGAACCUAACAGCAGGACGACCAUGUUGAUGCAGAGCAAACCCCAAGUCUCCGCCCCCAAGACAACUGACCAAUCAUCUGGGGAGCAGGGGGUGGAGAAGUUGGACGCUGAGGAAGCAGAGCACCUGGACAAGGAGAAUGAGAGUGUGACAUCACAACCCCCAGACUGCAGCCAGGUCACAGCAGAGCCCCGCCCCCAGCAAGCCAGCAAGUAUGACAAGCUGCCAAUCAAGGUUGAGGAGAGUGAUGAGGAUGCAGAGAUGAUGGAGGAGCGCUGGGCGGAGCUAAACCGCCCUAACUGCUUCAUCAGCGGCAUCCUGCACUGGAAAGCUGGAGGCGGAGACACCACCAUCCACAUCCAGACGCACUUUGAGCCCUGCACCGGAGACCCCGCCCCCCUGAACCCUCUGGAGAAGGGGGAAGGGGGCGGAGCUCCUGAUGCUGAGGAGAACCAGCUUGAAAGGCAAAGAGACUCCCUGCCUGAGGGUCAGAGGUCACCUGUGCAGAGUCCCAUCAGCCAGCUGGAGGAUGAGCCACGGUGUUGGGACGAGGCGCCGCUGUCGACAGCGGAGCCCUGGCAGGACUCACUCGCCCGAUGCUGCGUGUGCGUCUCCAACAUUGUGCGCAGUCUGUCUUUCGUCCCCGGAAACGAUGCUCACAUGUCCCGACACCCGGGUCUGGUACUGAUCCUGGGUCGGCUGGUGCUGCUGCAUCACUACCACGCCCGGCGGAAACGGGCACUGCCGACCUACCAGCGCGAAGCGGAGCAAGGCCGAGCCUGCAGUCACGACGAGUGGUGGUGGGACUGUCUGGCGAUGCUCAGAGAGAACACGCUGGUGACGCUCGCCAACAUGGCGGGCCAGCUGGACCUGUCCCAGUACCCGGAGAGCAUCUGCCUGCCCAUCCUGGACGGGCUGCUGCACUGGAUGGUGUGUCCAUCGGCCGAGGCCCAGGACCCGUUCGUGGCGGGGGGCGGCGGCUCCUCGCUCACGCCCCAGAGGCUGGUUCUGGAGUGUCUGUGCAAGCUGAGCAUCCUGGACAAUAACGUGGACCUACUGCUCGCCACGCUGCCAUUCAGCCGCCAGGAGAAACUGUUCACCACUCUGGUGCGCCUCGUGGGCGAGCGGAAAAACCAGAUGUGCCGUGAGAUGGCAGUGGCUGUUCUGUCCAACCUGACGCAGGGCGACCCGGUGGUGGCGCGGGCCGUCGCCCUGCAGAAGGGCAGUGUGGGAACAUUAAUCAGUUUCCUGGAGGACAGCGUGGCCAUGGCUCAGUACCAGCAGAACCCCCAGAACCUGCUUCACGCCACAGCGCCGCCGGAGCCGCCCAGCAUCAACAUGAUGUGCCGCGCUGCCAAGGCGCUGCUCGCCAUGGCAACAGUGGAAGAAAACCGGACAGAGUUUGUUCUGUAUGAGAGUCGGCUGCUGGACAUCUCUCUGUCCGCCGCGCUCAGCUCGUCCGUGGCCGCCAUCAUGUGCGAAGUACUGUUCAUACUCAGCCGCUCGUGACACGUACACCACUGUGGACGUAGCUCCGCCUACCUGCUGUGAAUCAAACGGUUCUAUUUUUAUUUAAAGAACAGAAACAAAGUUUUUACAUAUAAAUAUGUGCGACGCCGUGUCGACGUAAAGUUCUGCCCUUUUUGUGAAUUUACAAGUUUUAGUUUUUCUGUUAUGAAAUAAAAAUAUAAACACUUUUUUCUGUCAGUUUGAAGAAGUCUUUUUAUUUGAUAAAUUAUAAAAAAAAAAAAUGUGUGAACUUUUUGUCACUCAGCUUAUCAGCUGUUUAUUUGGAAUUUUUAAAUAUUGUUAAUAUAGAAAGAUUUUUUGUCUUUCACCAAAGUUCAGAGUUUGGGUUUUUUUUUGUGGGCUGAGUUAGCUGGCUGUGGGUGGAGUCAGAUUAAUUUAAAUCUUGGGAGGGGCUGUGUCUGCUUAAUUGUUGUUUUGGUUCUCAUUUUGGAUUUUUGGGGGUUAUUAAAUGUGAAUUUUAUGAUGGUCAGUAUUUUGGAUGGUGUGACAUCACUCCGCCAUCUUGCUCCUGUAAAUAGACGCUAUAGAUUGGAGCGCCACUUUCCCUUCCAGCAGAUGAUGUCAUCAUUUCCUGGUGGACUUUUCUGCAGAGCUGAAUAAUGCAUAGUCUGUAUUUUACAAAAAUCACCUUCAGGAUGUGUUUUUUUUGCCUGCACUUUGUGUUUUCAUUGGACAGACUGUACUGGCGAGGGGGCGGGGCUCUACUCAUAACUGACAGUUGUAGCAGAUGUAAAUGAUGCUGUUUGAUUGGAUUGUUUAUUGAAAUCUUUAUAUGUUCCACAUGUUGUAGAAUAAAUGUUCA